AUGUUCUGCAAGGAAACAUACUCAGCAAACUAUAAAAAGAAGAAAAACCGACUAAGGGAAGUCACCCGAAGAUGCUUCAACCUGAUCGACUUCAACUACGAGCACUUAUCAUCGUUAAUAGGGAAAAACAACAAAGGUGAUGUUUUGACAAGCUACCAAUUUAGUGACGAUGAAAUAAAAUUCGAUUCAGACGAAAAUAUACGCAGUAACGAGAUAUACUUCCCAGAAAGCACGUAUACAAAUAAUGACUUUAAAAAUUUGCUAGGAUGGGUACCCAGAAAUUUAGUAGUGACAGAACCGGUCACCACAGACUCCAUCCCGUGUGCAUUUUUCUUUUCAAAGAAUGAUGAUAAACUAUCAACAGAUAAUAAAAUAAUUUUAUACCUGCAUAAGUUUAAUGAGGAUUUAGGCACGAUAAUCCCAACGGUGAAUGCCCUACAUAAAAAAUUAGAAAUGAAUAUUAUCGCAAUGGAGUAUUCAGGAUAUGGGGUUAGUUUCGACACGUAUGAACAGAAGCUUGUUUCAAUUGUGAACGAUUCAUUUACUCUUUUAAAAUUUAUUGUUAACUUUUUGAAAAUUCCGUCUAAAAAUAUAUACAUUUUGUGUUACGAGUUUUUGGCUAGCUGCGCUAUAGAGGUGGUAAAUCGAUAUGAAGACACGUAUGGCAAAAAGGAGUCCUUAGGCGGCCUGGUCCUUAUUAAACCCCAGCUGCUGCAUGUUGUUAGCCAGCAUACAGUCCCUUCACCGUGUGAACAAGACGAUAAUAUUGUGUUAGGGGAUAAAGAUCCCAUCGGAGUCGUCGGAGGAAAAAAAGGAUUUACUGGUCAGUGUGCAGAUAACACUUUUGACGAGGCUGAGGCAGUUGAGGGGGGCAUCCUUGAGGGAGAUGUUCCACCUUGUAAGGACAUCUCACACUGUGAGGACGUCCCAAACUGUGAAGACGUCCCUUUUUGUGACGGACGGACGACGAAGGAAAGCCAAUACGCCGUCUUCAAGAAAUCGAAGCAGAAAAACUGCACAGUGACGAGUCCGAAAAAAUGGUACCACUCUCUCGGAUUUAAAAAGGACGAAGAAGCAGCCUACAAUGUGACGAGCAACAGUGUCAAGAAAAACAGCUUCGAAAAAAAAGGAGUCCUUACCAUUCGCAACAACGUAUCCAAUAGAGCGUGGAAAGGAGCUUUCGUAGGUACUAACUCUUAUCAGUCCGGAAAUGGCAUAAUUACUUGUGACAUGUCGUUAUUUUACAGCGAUAAUCAACCCCCCCCAGGGACAGAAAAUAACGACAUACCCAACUCUCUAAUGAAGAGAAUAUUAAAGGACACAUUUGAUAUAAGGCAUUCCAUAAAUUCAAUCAAAUCAAUUUCGUGUUCCAUUUUAAUUUUCCACCCUGAAAAUUAUAUCUAUAAAAAUUCGAGUUCAUAUAUUCUGCUGGGCAAUGCGAAAGAAUGUCACAAGAAGGCAGCUUUUUUAUUUGAUUUCAUGAACGAAGAUUUUGUCGCGGCCUUUAAGUGGUUCUUCUCAGAAAUAUCCAAUUCGAAGAGGCAAGAAAAGCUAUUUAAAAAUUUGCUUUCUUUAUAUGAGCACCCGUCAUAUGAUAGGAAGGACAAUGUUAGUACAAGUGACGGGGUGGAGAAGAAACUAAAUCGUGUCAUUAAUAGCGAACAGAGGGAAAACACACGUAGCGAUUUAGGCUACAUAUGUAGCGGAAGUUUUGAUACAACACUUGACGAAAUUCCUGAUUCAAGUUUUAAUGUACCUCUUAACAGUAGUGUCAGAAAUAGCUUCAUCCUCCAGGAAUGCAACCUAAAUGAUGCCCUAAGCGACAGUGAAGAUUCUCCUAAAUGUGAUGCUCAUAGUUGUAGCCCUUCAAACAGCAAGAGUACCAUUAACUUACCUGAGGAAAUUUUCGUAUGUCCAGAAAUGGUUCAGGAAGAAAUCCACUACAAGGGGGAUACCCAUGUGGGGAGUUAA